AGAGAAGAUCAGCUGUUUGGUUAUCGAUAGGCCGAGAAAAAAGUAAAGCUUAAAAUUAAAAUGUCGCAAGUUAAGGAAAAUCAAUUGGUUUCCCCUUUGAAAAAAGCGGGAAAAGGAGCAGGAUCUCCCGAGGAAGAAGCCUCAUCAAUGGCCGUCUCCACGGAUGCCAGCGAAACGGAGCGCCUGGUGAAACUGGUCAUGGACAUGGGUUAUCCGGAGGGCGAAGUUCGCCUAUCGCUCGCCCAAAGCAACAACAACGUACAGCGAGCGGUGCAGAUUUUGGUUGAAGGGACGGCGGGGGAUAACGGGGCUAGCGAGUCCCGAAAACGACGACGUACUCGCCAGCUAGUGAAGCAGUUGCGCAGUUCCCUCCUCGGAAAUCCUGUUUCCACGGACGACGCCAUCGUCCAAAUGAUGCAAAAUCCAAGGAGUGCCGGUGCACUUACGAAUUUGGUCAAUGGCAGCGGCGCUGAGUUCAUGCAACUUUUGCUUGCUGAUGAGGAGGAAGAGGAGCAGGAGGACCUGCUGGACGAUGAGGAUCAGGAGCAGCUAGAAACCAGCCAGGAGCAGACGUCCUCAUUCGCCGAAAGCUCGCCAAGCAACUAAGGGAAUCACAGAUAUUAAUACCAAGAUGAUGACUAUGGACAUAACCAAAACCGAACCCGGACUCGUCGGGCUUUCCUCCAAUCAACAGCAGCAGCAACAGCAGCAGCAGUCGC